AUGAAGCUCGACGCCAAGGCUAUUCGCUACCUCACCUCUGAGGAUUUCCGUGUUCUUGCCGGGGUUGAAGCCGGAAGCCGGAACCAUGAGGUCGUCCCAACGCCGUUGAUCUCGAACCUUUCGGGCCUCCGCGGUGGCAGUGGAGUGAACCGCGCAAUCUCCAACCUGGCGAAGAUCAAUUUGAUUGCUAAGGUCAAGAAUGCCAAAUAUGACGGCUAUCGACUUGCAUAUGGAGGACUGGAUUAUCUUGCGCUCAACGCGCAUCAGAAAGCAAAGGUCAUCUACUCGGUUGGCAACCAGAUCGGUGUCGGCAAGGAAUCAGAUAUUAUCGUGGUAGCACACAGCAGUGGAUCGCAGCGCAUCAUGAAGAUUCACCGUCUCGGUCGUAUCUCUUUCCGAACCAUCAAAACCAACCGCGAUUACCUACGACACCGCAGCUCAGCUUCUUGGAUGUACAUGUCACGAUUGGCAGCCAUGAAAGAGUUUGCCUUUAUGAAGGCACUGCGUGAGAACGGAUUCUCCGUUCCCGAACCCAUCGCCCAGAACCGACACACCAUCGUGAUGGGUUUAAUCGAUGCUUUCCCUCUACGCCAGAUCGCCAAGGUUGCUGAUCCCGCCAAGCUCUAUUCAGAACUUAUGAAUAUGAUCUUGGAGCUUGCGCGAUUUGGUCUGAUUCACGGUGACUUCAACGAGUUCAACAUCCUUAUCAAAGAAGAAGAAGAUCCCGAUGCGAAGGGAAAAGCUCCAGUCUCUGAGGAAGAGGAAGAUGAGAACCUUUUGUUGACUCCUGUUCUCAUUGAUUUCCCCCAGAUGGUUUCUGUUGACCACGCUAAUGCUGAAAUGUACUUUGACCGCGAUGUCGAAUGUAUCAAGCGAUACUUCAGACGCAAGUUCAAGUUCGUGAGUGAUAAGAAGGGACCCACAUUCGCCGAAGCUAGAAAGUUGCUCAUCAAGAACCCUGGCAAACGCCUGGACGUUGAGGUCGAAGCGUCAGGGUUCUCACGCAAGAUGGCUAAGGAGCUAGAGGCUUAUAUGCAAGAAGUUGGGGCUACUGGAGAUGGCGAAGGCUCCAAGAACACUGACGACGAGAACGAGGAUGAUGAUGAGGAGGAAGAAUCUGGAUCUGAAGAAGAAGACCACAGUGACGCCGAUGAGAACCAGACUUCUGAAGAUUUCGAUGAAAGCACCAAGCGACUAGAAGAACUUCGAGUCUCAGAAUCAUCGGCACAAUGA